UGGGCAGCGCUAAUUCAUUCAUUCCCUGCCAAUAUAACCGAAACUUUUUCAGCAAAAAUUUCAUUAUAGUCACAGCCACCGGCGGCUUUCUGGAUGUCCCGGCGAACCCUGAUUAAAUCUUUCUUUGCAUUAAUUUCAAGAAAUCCAAAUGGCGGGUCAAUCAAGAAAAUGGAUGAUCCUUCUGGCUACUGUAUGGAUUCAAGCAUUUACGGGGACAAAUUUCGAUUUUUCGGCAUAUUCGUCGGAGCUGAAGGAGGUUCUAGGGGUGUCACAGGUGCAACUGAACUAUUUAGCGACAGCGUCGGACCUUGGCAAGGCGUUUGGGUGGUCGUCGGGGUUGGCCUUGAUGUAUUUGCCGUUGUGGGUGGUGAUGCUCAUUGCUGCCUUCAUGGGACUAGUUGGUUACGGAAUCCAAUGGCUUGUGAUUCGGGAAUUUAUCACCUUGCCUUAUUUUGUGAUGUUCUUGCUUUGCUUGUUGGCUGGAUGCAGCAUUUGCUGGUUCAACACAGUCUGUUUUGUACUCUGCAUAAAAAACUUCCCAUCUAAGUCUAACAGACCACUAGCACUUGCUCUCACAGUGAGCUUCAAUGGAGCAAGCGCAGCAUUUUACAAUCUUGCUGCUACAGCAAUGAACCCUUCAUCUAGUGCACUCUAUCUUCUUCUCAACGCCUUCAUACCGUUGUUCACAUCUCUGGUAGCACUCAUUCCUAUUCUUCGUCAACCAACUCUGGAUACCCUUCCUCCUGAUGCUGUCAAGCGUGAUCAGUUUAUAUUCAUCAUAUUGAAUUUCUUGGCUGUCAUUACUGGCAUAUAUCUCCUUCUUCUACAUCCAGUGAGUACAAAAGCCGCACGUUUCCUAUUUAGCGGUGCCAUUUUCCUCCUCCUGCUUCCCUUAGGUAUCCCUGGUAUAGUAUAUGCAAGAAAUUGGUUCGAUCAAAAAAUUUACUCACGCUUCCGCAUGGAAGGCUCCAGUUUCAUACUUAUUGAUCAUGAUGAUCUUGAACUGCAUAGGGGGCUUCUUAGUCGAGAUAAUAGCUUAAGAAAUGGAUCCCUUUGUUCUGUCGAUGGUGACGAAAGUGUUAAAGGAAUUUCUAGACAAGAAAGUACUGAAUCCAAUGGAAGGUGUUGCAAGACUGUAAUUGAGAAGGAUCAAUUGAUAAUGCUAGGGGAAGAGCACAAGGCUCGAAUGCUUGUUCGUAGGCUGGACUUCUGGCUAUAUUACUUGGCAUACUUCUGUGGAGGUACAAUUGGAUUAGUCUACAGCAAUAACCUAGGGCAAAUUGCAGAGUCACUUGGACAAUAUUCAAAGACUGAACUCCUUAUAACACUCUAUUCAUCCCUCUCUUUCUUUGGUCGCCUGCUUUCAGCUGUACCAGACUUAAUCAGGACAAGAUUCUAUUUCGCAAGGACUGGAUGGUUGGCAAUUGCACUGCUGCCUACACCAAUCGCAUUCUUCUUGCUUGCUGUAACAAGCAGUCAAAUGGCACUUCAAGCAGGAACAGCUUUGAUUGGAUUGAGCUCUGGCUUCAUAUUUGCAGCUGCAAUUUCAAUAACAUCUGAGCUGUUCGGGCCUAAUAGUGUAGGUGUCAACCACAACAUUCUCAUUACAAACAUCCCUCUUGGAUCACUUCUGUAUGGUGUCCUUGCAGCAAUAGUCUAUGAUGCCAAUGCCGGUUCAGGCCUUGGAGCCGUCACUGACAUGGUCUGUAUGGGUAGAAAAUGCUAUUUCUAUACCUUUGUUUGGUGGGGAGGCAUCUCCAUUUUGGGAUUAGCAUUCAGUGUGCUAUUAUUCUUGAGAACUCGACCGGCUUAUGGUCGCUUUGAACAGAAUAGAUUAUCCACAUUGUUGUAUUAGGAGCAUAAAGUGUAUAGAACUAGUCAUCUCCAGCUUAACGUGUAGGGAUUUUCUUAGCACUCAGUAUGGAAAAACGUACAACUAUUGCUGAUGGGAAUGAACUCGUUUUCCUUGGAAAA